AUGCUAAUGCUGACAUAUCGUCGGGCUGUGCUCACCACGGGCCUUGUGCUCGUGCUUUUUUUCCUUUUCUUUGGUGGCUCAAGCAACCUUUCACCAAAGUCUUUUUUUCAAAACACAGAUCUUGAACAAUCAAUCAGGAGAGUGAAAGAAGAUUCAGAAAACAUUUUACGCGAGUUUCAGCGAACUGCUAGAGAGCAAGCCGAGCUCCAAGAUAAGAAGCUUGAAGCUUUUGAACAAGAACGCAAACUCCUCGACAAACAACUGCAACAAUUACGCCGACUUCCUUCAGACACACCAGUUCGGACACAACUGGCUUAUCAAUUUCCCUACGAUGUUUCUUCCCGUUUUCCCGCCUAUAUUUGGCAAACUUGGAAACAAUCUCUUGAUGAUCCUAAAUUUGAUGGCAAGUUUCGAGAAAAUGUUAACUCAUGGCGAGACAAAAACUCAGGAUUUGUCCAUGAAGUCAUGUCUGAUGAUAUGGCACACGCAAUCAUUCAACAUCUUUACAUGAACGUUCCUCAAGUGAUUGAAGCAUUUCAAGCUAUGCCUGAAAAUAUUCUUCGAGCAGAUUUUUUCCGUUAUUUAAUUCUUCUUGCUCGGGGUGGCAUUUACUCAGACGUUGAUACACAGGCUCUGAAACCAGUUCCUAACUGGAUCCCAGAAAAUGUAGACCCUCAAAAACUUGGUCUCGUUAUAGGAAUUGAAGCUGAUCCCGAUCGGCCUGAUUGGGCCGAGUGGUAUGCUCGACGAAUCCAAUUUUGUCAAUGGACUAUUCAGUCUAAACCAGGCCAUCCAGUACUUCGAGAUAUUGUCGCUAAAAUCACUGAAGAAACUCUUCACCGAAAACACCAUGGAACUCUUCCACUUCCUAAUUCCAAAGAUCGAGGCUCUCAAAUUAUGGACUGGACCGGUCCUGGUAUUUGGACCGAUUCUAUUUUUGAAUAUUUUAAUGAUCCUCUUAAAAGUGGACUUCAUUAUCAGGUGAGCUGGCAGAAUUUUACUGGAAUUGAUACUCCAGUUGUUUUAUCAGACGUUCUAAUUCUCCCAAUUACUUCUUUUUCACCUGGUAUUGGUACAAUGGGCGCACAAUCUGAGUCUCAUCCAUUGGCAUAUGUCAAGCACCAUUUUGAAGGCAGCUGGAAACCUGCUAAUGAAAGGAUGAACGGAUGA